AUGAAACCCACCACCAUCUUUACCGGCCUCGCCAGUCUCGCUUCCUUCACCACCGCAAUGAACCUAACCUACACCAACCCCUCCUCCCCCGACAACACCACAAUCCACCCUUUGGACCAACCCCGCGUAAUCUGGGAAACCUCUCAAAAACUCGACUUGGCCCUGUUCCUCGUCAAAAAAGAGGCAGAUACCAAACACUGGCCUCUAGGCUUCAGCUUCGUGGAGUCGCAGUCUGAUUUCAUCAGAUUGAGAUUAGACGCUGGUCAUGGAGAAUGGGUGUUUUGGGAUAUUCCCAAGGGGUUGAGUGAGAAAGCGGAAUAUGCUUUCUACAUGGAAGGAUGGGAUACAGAGCAAGACUACGCCAUGAACAUGCUUGAUAAUGGUACUACGAACUGGUUCUCGAUUACAAAGUACAAGACUCGCAAGGAGGAAUUGCGUAGGAAUCAGGUUUGGGUCGCUUGA